AUGAGUAUGAAAACUUCAAAUGGAGCAACACCUCUCAUUCAUGCAUGUCGUUUCAAAAACACGAGUCUUUACAUUAUUCAAUGCUUAUUCUCAGCAGGUUCACAAUUAUUAACCAAAGAUAAUAGAAAUACUUCACCAUUCCUUGCUGCAUGUGAGAGUGGAAACUUUGAUGCUGUCAAGUUUCUCUACAGCAAGUGUAAGAAUAAGGAUUUAUUGUUCAUUGUUGAUAGUGGCAAGGAAGAUCCGCUCACAAAAUCUGUAAAGAGUGGAAAUUGUGAGAUCAUGCAAUGGUUACUUGAACGGGUGGAGAGAGAAGAUGAUAGGAAAAGAGCACUUUACUAUUCUGUUAUUUAUGGCAAUGUUCAAGCUUUCAAUAUUUUGAUAACUAUCAAAUUUCAGGAUAUAGAUUACAAUGAUCUAUUCAAUCAAUGCACUACAAAUCCAAAUCUUGAAAUAAUCAAAGCACUUCACAGCAAGUGUACUUGUUUAAGCGCAGCUGAUUAUAUUCGACUUUCAAAUAGAGUGAAAGAUAAUGAGAAAGUUAAAGAUGAAUUAUUGAAAUAUUCAAGAAUGAGAAGAGAAAAAUUGGCAUGGGAGUGCGUCAAACCUGCUUACUUGAUUCGAGUAAAUGGUAGAAAAUCAGAAUGCUCCAAUGCUAUUCUUAAAGAUCAUCCACUUUCUAAUAUUUGUGAUGAUGCUUUCCGUUUGGUGUGUUCUUAUCUCAUUAGGAAACCAUCAAUGAACACUUAUUAUGACAGUGAUGAAUUCUAUUACAUGACUACAUUUGCUCAUGAUAGGAUUGAAUCACCUUAUUAUGGUUCUGAUGAUGAUUACUAUUAUUAA